AGCUUAGUUAGAGCUACGUGGAUAGAACAAGUUAGAAACUCUCGCGGACAUCAUCUGGCUUCUUUAUUUUUGUCUUCUUUUCACAUCCAACGCUUAAAAGAAGAUCCAAUUUGCAACUUAGAAAUUUGACCAUAAGCACGCAAGGCAAGGUCCACCGCAGCAUUCGACAUGGCGACCCGAGAUCUCCAGACCCCGUCCUACGUUCUAGGCGCCCUUACUGCCACCGGCGGCAUCAUCGGUUUCCUCAAAACCCGCUCCUUGCCCUCCAUCGUUGCGGGGUGCACGGUCGGUUUACUCUAUGGACUUGGUGGCUAUCGCAUCCAAAACCGCGAACCCUAUGGCGUCGAACUAAGUCUACUUGCUUCUGCUGUCCUGGGAGGCUCCGCCAUUCCUCGCGCGAUACGCCUUCGAAAGCCCGUUCCAGUCCUGCUCAGCUUGCUCUCUGCCUUCGGCUUGUUCACCUUUGGAAACGAAUUCCGCCGCAAUUUGCAAAUCUAGUGAUAUUGUACAGCGGGAAGCGGCGAUCCUCUAGGGUUGUUUAGGUAGUCUGUAUACAGCUACCAAGGGUGGCCGUUGUGUCUUGCGUUCUCCCAGCGUGAGCUGCCCAGACCAUAUACCCCGCGCCGUGUAACAAUUAUCCCGAAUCUUGGUCGCGCCAUGCUAUGGAAUCCCAUCCCCGAACGCAUGUCGUGCAAAAAUGCAACAGUGCCAUAGUGGUAUUCGCUGCAACAGUCCUUGUGUCCAUAAUACAGUCGUAGCGCGUAUCGUGUUGUAUCGUAUCAUAUCGUACAGCCGAGGGGGACGCCGGGUGUAUAAAAAAGCC